AUGAAAACUCGACAAAUGUUCUACCUCAAUUCUCGUUUUGUGUACAGAAAAAGAAGAGAAAUUUCCGAAAAAAGGGGGAUCAUUUUGAAGUGGAAAAUUUAUCUCGUGUCUCAAUUCAUGAGAAGAAUGCGCACUAGAAAACCUCAUAAAUAUUUAAAUUUUGUAGCUGCUUUUAUGAUGGCAUUUGAUUUUGAUGAAAGAUUUACUACAUUUAUAUCCAGGAAGGAUGUGAAAUUUAUGCUUUAUGACAAACAUUAA